UUUGAUAGGAACUCUUAUUACAAACGACCUCGUUAUCAGAGGCGGCGUGCUGUCACUGCGGAGUCCUAUCUACUGCCUGUAGAAAGUGGUGCUAGCAGAAUGUGCAGCCAUAAGAUGUUCCCAGUCCAUGUCGUCCUCCGUCAUCUAUUGUUUGUCUAACCUGCUGUCUUGGAAACCAUGGAUUCCUGGGAAGCAGCUCCAAUUCUUAAAACCAUGGACUGUGGGGAUAUUAACCCAAAGAGUGCUGACAAAAGAUCCAUCAUGUGAAUUACUAGAACUCAAUGAGAAGGACCUGGAUGAACAGUUUGUCCGAGGACAUGGCCCUGGAGGACAGGCUACAAACAAAACUAAUAACUGUGUUGUAUUGAAGCACAUUCCUUCUGGUAUAGUAGUUAAGUGCCACCAAACCAGGUCCGUGGAGGUUAAUAGGAUAAGAGCUAGAAGAAUACUUCAGGAAAAAGUUGAUCUUUUCUAUAAAGGAGAAAGCAGUGAUAUCUUCAAGCAAAAAGAAGAAUCAGAAAGAAAAAAACAAGAGAAAAGAAAAAAAGCCAAAGAUAAUUUGGAAAAGAAAAAAUAUUUCAAAGAGAUGCAGAACUCAGAAAUCAAGGACUAGUGUUGUGCUGGGUUAUGUCCUUUUAUCGUUCCACAGGAUAAGGGAAACUAACUCAUCUGUGGGGGUCCAACUGUAGGAACCCCACCAGUCCUGAGAAAGUGUGUUCUGAUGGAGCAGCAGGGCUGCUGGUGAUGGCCAAGUAGAAGCUCAGCUAUUUCCUGUAGUCCCAUAGAGAAUGAAUGGAGUGUCAUGUCACAUACUCAACCUUAUGGGAUGGAAGAAUGGGACCUCCGUUCUCUGGAUCUGUGGGGCUCCCAACAUUCAGACCUCAGUGAUCAGUUUAUGGAACUGUUAGUGUCAACUUAUGAAAUAUCUUUCAAAUAACUUAGAAAAUUUGGCACGCCCCCUUUAAGGCCAAUAUAUGUGGACCAAGGAUCGGGCUAGUUAUCAGGUACAAAUGUUACUCCAAAACGCUCAGUCACGAUAACUGCCUUGAUCGCUCGGAAAAGCAAAAUGCUAGUUUGUUAAUUGACCCACUUAUUUAUGCAGCGUCUUAAAUCAACAAUCUCCCAGGAAUGUGCUGCGAGCAAACUGUGAAUCUGUAUAGGUACAGAUGAUCGUAUUAGCGAUCGUUCAUCCUCAUACAUAGGAAACAUUUGCUGUAUAUAAAUGCAGUACGCACAAGUGGCCAAUGAUCGGGAACAAACGGUUUGCUCCUGAUCAUUGCCUUGUGUAUUGACCCAUGUGGAUGGCCCCUUAGCUGCCUUUACUGUACAUGCAGCAGUGAUCGUUGCUGUAUGAGGAUGAACAAUCGUUAUUGUAAUUGUUCAUCCCAUACAGUAUCAUUGUUUGUCAUGGGGAGAUAUGCUGCAGACAGAUGAUGAUUUUAUGUGCUGUAUGAACUAUCUGUCGGCAAACAAGCCUUAAUCUUGCUGCCACACUAAACAGGUGGACUGGUUAAAGAUUUGUAUUGCGUAAAUUUGGAAAGCAAUAAAUGUGUAUAGAUGAAUCGA